CGUUAUCUCAUGUGCAUGUAAGAUACCGUGAACUACCUUCCACUACCUCGUACCUUCCACUACCUUCCUCCCUCGAGCCUCCCUAUCUCCGAUCCAUGUGAAGAAGUCCAAUCCAAUCCCACGCUUGAGGUAACCCCCAGACUCCAGAGUAGCGCGUCAUCCAUCCGUAAUAGUAAAGAAAGAGCGUUUGGUUCGAGAACAUAGAGCAUAUCUCCGAGGUGAUGUCUAUCUGACCUACACAAUAUCUACCUGUCUCGAUUACCGUCCCUACCAAGGUCUCUCCAUAUUGUAAUAAUCAUUGUACAUACCGGAUUCUUCUUCAAGCGAUUGAUUGCACUGUUGUUCGAUACUUGUCUUUCAACAAUUACAUUGUUGUUGUUGGUGUUGUUUUAGAAGAGGUAGUAGGUAUUGUACGAGUUACAACUCAUUCGUCAUUAACCUUAGUUCUAAUGGAACCUUAUUAACAAAUUCCCUUUCCUAUCUGCGUACAACAUUCAGACAUUCUUUCUACCCAACCUACUACUAAUUAAUCAACCACGAAUCUCACCAUCUUACCUAUCGAACACAAAUCAAUCCAAAAAUAAUUCUUGCUUCUUCUAAUAACUUCCUUCGUCAUCGGGUGCUAUUUCGAGAUAGUUUUCCCUACAUUCGCUGGCUUGAAAGUACACUAUGGCUAGAAGUUUAGCCACACAAGGAUGGCCGCUCUUGAUUCGAAAUGCCAGGUCUACCUCGGAGCAGAUCGCCAACUUGAAAGGUCUCAAGAAUGAAAUCGUUGGUCAUGCUUUAAAGAAGGAAAUGGUUGUAACCAUGGGCCUUGUGGAACCUGUUGUACGCCUAUGUCUCAACAAGUCGGUUCCCAAAAAUCAGGACGGAAAGGCACACGACCAUAGUUAUGCGAUCCGACCAUCACAAGAAGAGGAGGAGGAGGAAAUGCUUCGACUGCAAGCUCUUCAAGUCUUAGGAAGCCUUGCAUAUGGCGGUCCAGCUUUCCUUGCGCCAUUACACUAUGGCUCUGCGCUCCCAGCUAUCCUAUCGAACUUUUGCCCAUCGAAUAAUCCACCACAAACAGUUCUCGCAGCACUUCGGGCCUUAACCAAUCUUGCAGAAUCCGCAAUGCUUGCCACAAGUGCACAUCCUAUUACCAUCAAAUCUCUGGCCGCAGCGUUAUUCAUACGCCCGCACCUUGUCUCGCUAACCCGCAUCAUUUCCCAAACAUCAUCAUCACACAUUAUACAAAAUCAGAUCUCGUUGGCGGCAUCACUUAUAGCUCGAAUAUGCUUGCAGGAGUCUCACCAACAAAGUCUAGCAAGUUCCGGUGUUCUGGAUGCUUUAGCUGUGAAACUAGCCAGCUUUGUUGUAGCUCAGGGACUGGUUAUUCCAGGUGCAGAUAUUAUUGCGCAUAGGGACGGACUACUGGAAUACUUUCCCCAAGUUUCGCCCUCAAACGUUAGUUUUCCGGCGAUUUUAGAGGCUCUAGCUAGCAUUGUAGCCGAAUCCAAGCUGAGGGCUUCACAACUACUUUAUCACCCAUCAAUUAUGGCCGUAUUCCCAUCGAUUCCAGCAGGGGAGGAACCCGUCUUGCAACACUCAAGAGCUGCUUGGAACACGUCCAAUUCAGCAGGUUUAGGCCCAAAGCAAAGCCACUUGAAUGCUAUUGAUUGUUUACUCCCGAUCAUUCCACAACAUCCAGUUAAGAGCGCACAGGCUUCCGCAUUUCCGCCACUUGGUUCAUCUAGCUCUCGGGAACCUCCCAAUGGUCGUGGAAAGUCUAAUUCUGCCUCCACAUGGGGCGGCGCACCAGAUCGUAAUGGUUCACCACCGGAAAGUCAAGUGGUUCCAGAUGAAUCUGAAACCCCCAUGGUUGCAUAUUUGAUAUUUAUCAUGAGGUCACGAGAAUGCAAGGAGAGACUUAUGGCUGCAUAUCUGCUAACAGUUCUAUUUCGAGCCGGUCUUAUCAACAAAGCCCGAGAACCGACAUUAGCUUUGUUAGUGGUGCCGCUUCUUGUGCAGAUGUUGAAUGAAGAUUCCACCCUAGUAAAGUCUAAGGAUGCUUCUCAUGAUCAUGAAACGUUGAGGAUUGAGUGGUCAAUCACAGAAAUGGCUCCACGAAUAUUAUCCUUACUGAUCACGGAUAGCGAACAUCUUCAAAAGGCCACUUUUCAAAACAAAGCAAUGCCCAAGCUAUCUAAGUUGAUAAAAUUGGCUUAUGAGCCAGUGCCAGAGAGUGAAAAUGCCCAAUUCUGGUCACCUGUUCAGUCGAAUGAGGCCAAAGAUUAUGUGGAACAAACCCCAUCCUCACGCCUUGGCGAUCCUGGUCAAUCUGCUCUCCUUGUCCACAAAAUAAAAGUAAGGGAAAGCGUGUUGAGAGCUAUAGCCUCUCUUGUUCCUUUCAAAGAGGAUCACCGAAAGUCCGUUGUGGAUAAUGGUAUCAUUCCUUAUAUUGUCGAAUCGCUAAACCCUAGCCCCCAAAAACCAUCAACCAAGGUCAAUGAUAAAGGUGACAAAACAGAAAAGAAACCCGUGUCAAGCGAAGUUGAUGGCAAGCAGGAUGGUUACGGGAUCAACCACGUGGGCGUUCUUAUCGCUGCUUGUACCGCUACCCGCGCCUUGGCAAGAUCGGUCUGUAUACUUCGGACUACCUUGAUUGAUAAUGGAGUGGUUGCACCAAUAUUUCCCCUUCUCACUCACUCAGAUAUCGAAGUCCAGAUUGCCGCUACAGCUGCAGUCUGCAAUCUUUUGACUGACGUUGCCCCAAUGCGAGAGAGUUUCAUGGAAUGUGGGGUACUUAGGAUCCUCUGUGAACAGGCUCACUCGACCAACGCAAAGCUUCGUCUCAAUGCUACCUGGGCACUCAAACACUUUGUUUGUGGUGUCGGCAAUGAGACUAAAAGAAAGUGUUUGGAGGAGUUAGGUUCUGGAUGGUUAGACCACCUCAUUUGUAACGAUACAGAAGAUGAAGCACUUCUCAAAGAGAGCAGUUAUAGCACAGCCUCUGGGUCUGAUGAUGCUAUGGACGAAGAUGUUGAGAUGAUUCAGUUUGAAUCACCAAUGAAUGGUUCAUUCCCAGCCCAUAGCAACUCCAGAUCUAGUAGUAGCAAUCGAAGCAAAAGCUUACAGCAAGCAGAAGCUAAACUUGCAGCUCUAAGGGAAGCCGAACUAAACCCUGCUAAAAAGGCCAGAAAAGACGAUCUUGCUGUUCAAGAACAAGGUCUGGAUUUCAUACGAAAUUUGAUUUCAAGUGCAGGAUCAGGCCAUGGUGGCACUGCAGAAAAUACUGAAAUGAUUGACUAUCUUUUCAAUUCUUUGGGACAAGAUCGAGUUUUCGAUAUUCUGGCAUCCAAGCUUCGACCAAAGAUCAUCAAUAUUCCCUCCAACGCUAAUCGCAGAGAUUCUAACGCACAAGAGAAGAAAGUCAUUACCCCUCAACCAGAAAUCAUUGUCGCUGUCGUUUAUAUCCUAGUUCAUAUGGCCGCCAGCAUCCCUCAACAUCGUCAAAUCGUCAUCGCCCAAACUGAACUCCUCAAACUUCUCAUCCCUCACUUCACUAAUAAAGCUUACGAAGUACGAGUCGCGUUGUGCUUUCUGGUCUCUAAUCUCACCUGGGUGGAUGAUUCGAAUGACGGGCCCGCUUGCGCGCAACGCGUGCAUAAUUUGAAACAACUUGGUAUCCUCGAAAAAAUUGAAAAUCUGGAACAUGAUCCGGAAUUGGAUGUGAGAGAAAGAGCUAAAGUUGCUCUUUGGCAGAUGAAAGCUCCAGUUUUCAGUUGAUUAAUUGCAAAUCUUUUAAACAUGUGUAUAUGGGGAAAUGGGUAUCCGGGGGUUUUAAAGCAUAGGCGUUUGGAAUGGAAAUUAUAAACAUAUGUAUUUAUGAAUGGAUGGCAUCGGUUAUGGAGCGUUUGUAUUAUCACGCCGGGAUAUGAAUUCAAGGGAAGGGAAAGCAAAUCAUCGAUUGGUUGUUGAUAAGGUAUCGAAAUAUGCUCAGAUUGAACAUCAUCAAUGAAAAUACGUUGGUCUGGUAAAAUGGUAAUUAAAUUCGGAAUCUUUGAGUUGAACCACUUCAGUAGGUAGAAAACGAUGACAUCUGAUAUAAUGAAUGCUCUUCACUUAUUAAUGAUUUGUGAAUGUUAGCAUUCUUUGUAAGAGGUAGAGAAAAUCGACGGAAUUUCGAUGCGU